AUGCAGAGCCAUGCGGAUUGCCACAUGGAGAUGCUGAUGGGCGCUGGGUGGGAGCUGUUGCCAGGUGGCGCCUUGGCCCUGACAAGGUGGCCUCCUGUUGUUGAUAGUCCCCAUCGAAUUUGGUCAGCCAGGGAGGCCUCGAUGGGGGCUUGUGGGAUUGUAGCGGGUGCUUAUCUGGUGGGAUUCCUGAGUUGCCGGGGUGCCAUUUUGAUGGGAUUGCUCGAGCUUGAUCGAGGGGAUGACCUGCAUGGGCCUUGUGACUGGUGGGCACCUUGCAUGCCCCUGCAUCAGGUGUGCAUCUUGCAAUCUGUCAAUCUGUGA